AUGGCGCAGCUUGAAACCUUCGAGACGGGUGAGCAUGGCCCUUAUGCCCCGUGGUGGAAAAUGCAUCGCGGACACACUCGUUCUUGGCCACACGAAGAGGAUGAUUGGACCCGCAUGGAACUGUCCUCAUCCCGCCCAUCGCCUCGCCACCGUUGGGAUGAAAUACAUAGACCCGCCUACUCGGCCUACUCCGCUGCCCCCUCGUCUGUUGCUACGUCUCGCCAGAGACCGGCUGUGACGCGUGCUGCCACUCUGCUUCUUUCCUCACCGUCGGGCAUGCGACACCACAGCUCUGAUACCCCACUCAUAGGUCGGCCCCCGGCCGUGCCGUCUUUUCCUCGGGCAUCUACCGCACCCAUUGGGAAAGCCGCCUUUGAAAAUUACGACCCUCGCGCUCACCCUGGUAUAAGCCGGGCUUCGUUGCACAGAGAUCUCAGCCCGCGCUCCGCCGCCCCCUACUUCCGCUCUACUCCGGACUCCCGUCGGUCCAUGCGCUCGUCCCUUAGCGAGUCGGACAACGAUACUGAUCUAACGCGGCCCACACCAGAAGAAGACGACAAGGACGAAGAAGACGACAAGGACGAAGAAGACGAAGACGGCCGUGCAGCCGACACCAUUUUUGUCGACAAGAAGGCGCUACGCGACCGGAUGGACAUUCGCAAACGCCCAUCCCAAGAAUACCCCACGGCGUCGUCUAUGAAGCAACAUUCAGCACGGCAGAGUCAAAAUCAAAAACAGAAACAACGUGGCCGCGUUCGAGGCGACGACCUGGAUCUACAUGAGGAAGGCGACGAGGUGGCUGUCGCUCAACAAGAAACGCAAGGCUUUCCACAGCGCUCCCAGCAGAAGCGGGGCCAUCACGGACACCGCUCUCGACGGAGUAGCGGUAGCCGCGGUGCGGGCGGCGGCAGCAGUAGCAGAGGACGCAGAUACGAGAGUGUGAUUCCCGAAGAGGCCACCGAAGACCAGCAGGCCGAUGCCGACGCAGAGAUGGACAAUGACGACUUUGACGACGACCGCCGCCGGCGACGCACACCUUCGAGACACACCCGGCGCUCAGCCUCCCGGAACACGACUGCUACGCACGAUGUCCGUCGCGACCUGUCACGUAGUAAGAGCCGCCUGCGGCAUGCCGACAGCGACGAGUUCAAUCCGCGAGCGUCAUCGAGACGGUGA